AUGUCUCUUUCCGACGACGAGCGCCUGGAUAGCCAGGACCCCCUUCGUCACCUCAGAGCAACAGACGAGGAACUCGUCCCGGAGCAGCCAAGGUCGAUACAUGAUGAGCUGGUCAGACUUGACGUUCCUAUGGGCGGAUCGCCCGAUAAGACUGUACAACUGUCACUCGCCGUCGACGCUGGACCAGGCUGUGGCGGUAUAACCUGGCCUGCAGGCGAGGUCCUCACACGCUACCUUGCUCGUCGAGGUCCGGACGCGCUCUCCGGUAGACGCGUCCUCGAACUUGGCAGUGGUACAGGCCUUGUGGGACUGCUAGCGGGCGCGUUAGGAGCGCGCGUCUACAUUACAGACCAAGCAUCACUGGUAGCGACAAUGGAGAAGAACAUCGCGCUCAAUGCCACGAUCGCGCCGAACGUGCGCGCGGCAGAGCUCAACUGGGGCGAGCCCUUGUCCGCGGAUUUGGCGGGACCAUACGACCUGAUUCUCGCGGCGGACUGCGUGUACUUUGAACCCGCAUUCCCGCUGCUCGUGCAGACUUUAUGCGAUCUCCUUCCACCCGAUGCCAAAACGGAGACAUACUUUUGUUACAAGAAGCGCAGAAAGGCGGACAAGCGCUUCUUCACGCUGCUAAAAAAGUACUUUACAUGGGAGGACGUGGAAGAUAAUCCAGAACGUGAAAUGUAUUCCCGCGAGGCCAUCUCCUUGUUGCGAUUACGCAGGAAGCCGCUUUGA